UCCAAUUCCAUGCUUCUUGUCUCCCGUUUCCCCUUCGAUUUUGCUCGGCGAUUCUCUGCCGGAGUCCGGCUGAGCUUGGCGGAGGCUGAGAAAAUUAGGGUUAGAGAUGCCGAUAGAAAUGCCGAGAGGGUUGCCGUUCUCGGUGGACACGUGGAGUGUGAGAUCCCAGAUGAAACGGCACCAUUUCUUGACUCACGCCCACAAGGAUCAUUCCUCGGGAAUCUUGACCCACUCAUCUUUCCCGAUUUACUGCACCGGUCUCACGAAAUCGCUUCUCCUCAACCAAUACCCUCAGCUUGAUGAGUCGUUGUUUCUGAGAAUUGAAGUGGGGCAAUCAAUUUUUAUCGAUGACCCAGAUUGUGAAUUCACGGUUACAGCUUUCGAUGCCAAUCACUGUCCAGGUGCUGUGAUGUUCUUAUUUGAAGGCAACUUCGGAAGCAUCUUACACACAGGAGACUGUAGGCUUACCCCUGAGUGUUUAUAUUGUUUACCUGAAAAGUACAUCAGCAAGAAAGGGAUACAACCUACUCAACGCCUUGAUUAUGUUUUCUUGGAUUGCACAUUUGGCAAGUUCCGCCAGCCACUUCCAUGCAAGCGUUCGUCAAUUCAGCAGGUGAUUAACUGUAUAUGGAAGCACCCUGCUGCAACUGUCGUGUACCUGACUUGUGACCUUCUUGGUCAGGAGGAUAUAAUGGUCAGUGUGUCCCAGGCAUUUGGUUCCAAGAUAUUUGUGGAUAAAGUUGCCAACCCUGAGCUGUUUGGAGCUUUGAAUCUUACAGUACCUGAGAUCCUUACCCAAGAUGAAUCUUCUCGUUUCCACGUGUUUGAUGGGUUCCCCAACCUGUACAAACGUGCAGCAGUGAAGCUUGCUGAGGCCAGAGCAAACUCCCAGCCGGAGCCCCUUAUUGUCCGUGCUUCAGCACAGUGGUACGCAUGUGAUGAAGAGUAUUCAUGUACUGGCAGUGAAGGAAAAUUGAGAUUUGAUACAGCUGUAAAAGACCUAUCUGGUGUUUGGCAUGUAUGUUACUCCAUGCAUUCGUCCAGGGAAGAACUGGAGUGGGCUCUUCAACUUCUUGCACCAAGAUGGGUUGCAUCAACCACCACUCCCAGUUGUUCAGCUAUGGAGUUGGAUUAUGUGAGAAAGCAUUGCCUCGCCAGCAGAUUAACUCCAGGCGACCCUCUAUGGAAGCUUCUCGACAUUCGUGUGGAUGAUGAUGAUGUAUCGAUACAAUGUACAGGUAAGAAUUCUCCUGUGGUUGAGCGGGUGCCUGCUGAAAUGGUGGGAGGAGAAUCUCCUACGAAAUCGAAGAACGGAUCUUUCUCCAAGCUGCCCUGUACUUUGCCCCUAUACGAAGGGCAAACGGUUACUUUAUUUGGCAGAGCUAGACUUAGGAUUGAAGAUUCAUUUGAGAAAUGUGGACAAUUGGUUUCAGACAAGAAAGGCAGGGAGCUCAAGGUUGAAAUAGCCCGUGAAGAGGAAAGUGAUAAGGUAAAAGUGAAACAACAAGUGGAGCAUAGUAGUGUCUGUGGAGAAGAACUAUCAGAGAAAGAUGGGUCUAAGGUUUCUUCUUCUGGUGCUGCUAGUGGAUCCUCGAACAACUUGGGUGAAAACUUGAAGAGGUACUACAGGUCCAUGAACGUGCCUGUGCCUCGGCCACUUCCGUCGUUGCUCAAACUUCUGGACAAUCACAAGAGAAGAACAAAGAGGAGAUUUUGAUUAUUAGAACUCAGAUUCAUCGGCAACCACAUCAAAAUAUUGCUACAGGGGAGAUCUCAAAUGAAUAUUGAAGGUGAGAUGGGACGUGGUAACCAUAAGUGCAAGUAUUAUGGUGCUUCAUUAUUCUUGCUUUGGAUUCGUUCAACAAAAAGGAACCAGGCUAGUUGCCAGCCUUUGAUCAUUGCCAUGUUACGGGUGCAAGAGAUUCAUUAUUCGAUGAUUCUUUUGGUGACUGUCUUAGAUGCUUCCAUUACUUGGUGUUCCUAUGGUUCGUUUGGAUCAAAGAUUUGAAAAGAUAGAAGAUUUGUGUCAAAUAUCGGGAUUUGUAAAAUGAUGGAUUGGUUGUG